CGUUCCUCAAAACAUCUCCAACCAAACGUCAAACAGCGUCGAAUGUCGAAUCGAAUACGAAUUUCAUUUCGGUGAAUUCAAAAAACAAAAUUUCCCCAAAAAACACAAAACAAUUCCAAAAAACAAAAAGCUAACAAUGUCAAAAAGAUCGAAGCGUUCUUCGUAUGUAUCAACUUUCCUCAAUGGGGCCAGGAAUGGAGAAUUACCUCAACCUAGCAAAAGGCGAUUGGUAUCAUCCAAAGCAGCGACAGACAACAAACCACAGGAGUCCUAUCCAAUACCUCUUCCGUUUGUGAAUGAUACAAACUACAUUUUCGAUGGUAAACCGAUUCAUUCAAAAAGUGAAGCUAUUAAUAUUGGGGCUGAGAAUCUGUUCACUGUAUCAUCAAUUCCUCUACCAGCCUCACCCAAUAAGCCUUCAACUUCAAGAGCAUUCUUCUUCCCAAGUUUACUUGGAACUCCUGAAAAUAUAUCCAAUGUCCUCACAGACACCGAAUCAGCAUCCGGCUCGGACACCUCCGAAGAUGAAUUAGCUUCGGAUUCGUCGUGUCAAUCGACAGGCGCCGUCGGCGGAGACAUUAGCACUGAUGGCGGUGGCGGUGGCCGCAGUACAUCUCUAAAAACAAAAAAGAAGAAAAUGACACGUUCGGAAUAUUACAAAGAGCGUUUGAAUCAGAUUGAUCGGGCACAACAAGACAGACGCGAACGAUGGAAGAAGAAACUGGAAAACAUGCAAACUUUGUUGAACAUUAUUAAAUCUUAACUUUUGAUGAUGAUGUUGAUGUUGAUAUGGCGGAUGCGAAAUUUAAUAUAUAUUUUCUUGAAAUGCAUACAUUUUAAAAACCAAUAAAAUUUUAUUUGAAUUACAUUUUCUCUAAAUAAAUAUUCAUAUUUGUUCUUUGGA